CCCUUCCAUUUUCAGGGCAACGGGACAAACGGGACAUUUCCAGGUGGGAAUAGUCUGUUUCGUGUGGGGCUGGUAAACUCCAGGGCCGCCGGGCACCGGGUGCGGGGCCAAAGGGGAGAGGCAGGGACAGGUUCCCGUCGGAAGUUCCCGCAUUGGAGGGCCCACGGCGGUGCAGCCGGAGGGUGAGGGCCAGAAAGAAGCCCUUUGGCCAUAAACAAAGUCAGGAUAAACUGGGGUGAGGGCAGGGGAAGCGUCUCUGGCCCAGUGCCGGUGAGGUGCUGGAUUCUGGCAGGGCAUAGGUUUGGAUCGAGGCGCAAGAUGGAUCAAGAAUGAGUGGCUUAAGGGCCGCAGGGCCCAGUGGGACCAGGCUCGGGUUUUUGUCAUGAGCUGGACUUGUGUGGUCUUAGCAUCCUGUCCCCCCACAUCCACGCAGUCCUUAGAAUUUUUUUGAAAAGGGCCUCUCAGGUCCGGCCAUGACGGCUCUUCCUGGGGCGGUGGGCUUCACGCCACAGUGAGCCACGGGACGCGUUGUGUCCUCAGCCGGUGCAUCGCCUGUGCUUUUUGCCAGACUCUCAUCUGAAAGUAGAGCCCUGGUUACGCCCCCAUCGGGCAGGGGCUCCCCAUUGCCUGUGGGAAAAUGCCUCCUAGGUCUUCCCUGUAGGGUCUCUAAUCCGUGGCCAGCCAGCUGCGACCUCCCUUUUUACAAACUCGGUUCAUACUUGGGUGAACUUGACUUUUUCUCUUUGCUCUGAAUUUGAGCUCAUCUCCGGCCUUUUAUUUAUGCAUCUUUUUGGCCUCUCCCUGCCCCCUUCACCUGCUCAUUCUUCAAGGCGUAGCUCUUUUGCGUGCAUUUUAUUUAACACUGUAGUGCGUUUUAUUAAAUGCGUUUUAUUAAAAAUUGAAUGAAAUGCUGGUGAAAGCGCUCGACCCCGUCUCGCCUGAUCCCCUGCCCUGGAGGCCCUUCCCCCUCUGUUCCUGACACACAUGUCUCUGCUCCAGAGGUGAAUUUUGUGGUGUGGCACAUGGCUUCUUCCUAGUGUAAUUUUCUCCUCUGUCCACUUUGUCUCCCCUGUUAGAUUUAAACACUAUCAAGUCUGGCACUGUGUUUGUUCCACUUUGUAUUUUCCAUAACUCUGAGAACACCCGCGCCUGUCCCCCUGGGUGCACAGUAAAUAUUUGCUGAUUUGGGAUAAUUGCCAGCUCUAAACUGGCACUUGGCUGAGGGCGGCCGCUGAGAACCUAGAGGCUCAGUGUGCGUGGCCCCUCCGAGGGUUCUGCUCCUCAUCCCCGACUUCACCCCAAGUUCUGACUGCUUUGGUGUGAGCCACAGACUCUGGACCUGGGGUUGAGUGCCCAGAUCCCCGAGCAGGUCGUCAUAAAUUAUCUCCCCAGAGCGGCCCCAUGAGCUUCCCCCAGGCCUCUGUUCUCGGCCCAGAACCUGUAAAUACGGUUGGUGCCUUAUUGAUUUACAAUCACAAAGUCCCCUACAAAAACUUGCUUAAGUCGGGAUGAAGGGGAAAUGUGCUCGUGCAUGGGAAGUCCGGAGAAAGUCGUUCUGUUUCUGUGCCAGUUAUUUAAGAAAACAAUAGUAAAUGCACCUGAAAAUGCAAAUUCAUUAAGAGUUGAUGGCAGAUGGUGCUUGAGGGAAAAGUGGACUUAACAGGAAAAGGAGUGGGCAGCUGACGCGGCUGAGAGACUAGAGUGUUUCCAAGGGGCGUGGAGAAUAUCUUGGGGAAAUUGAUCACUUUUCAAAUUUCAACCUCUUUGAAAUUGACCAUGUCACCUAAUUGGUGAGUUUUGUUUUUCCUGGUUUAGUGGCCGUGCAUUUUCACGGAUCAAUUUUAGAGACUGUUUCCAUGGGGGCUUUUGUUUGCCUCUUAGUAGGUAAGUAACUAGGAGUGGGAGAAACAGGAAGGAUAAACAGCAAAUCUCUUCCGCCAAAACGAGGAAGAAGGUGGUUGAGCAGCUGGAACAUGUCAUUCCCCGGCCAGGCCAGUGACUAGUGGUCGCUAUCAGCCCAGGAAGGCUUGGUUGCUGUCUUUUUGGGGAGUACCUGGGCUCCCCCUCAGUGGUGAGAGAAGAGUGGCAGGGUUACAAUUGCAGUAGUUCCCCCUGCCUCCCACAUCCUUGGGGAUAUUUCCAGGCCCACCAUUGGAUGCCUGAAACCAUAGGUAGUACUUAGAAUGUUUUCCCUAUACAUAUGUUGGGGCUCACAUGAUGGGGUUCGGUGUGUGGGGUUCUUGGUUCCCUCUGAGAAAGAAUUCAGACAUUGCCAUUCCAUACCCAGCAAGUUUAUUGAGGAAAGGAGAACAAGGAAAGAGGUGCCUGCAUAGACACAGGCGGGGAGUCUUUUUUUUUUUUAAGAUUUAUUUUAUUUACUUAUGCAUACAAGAGCUAUGGUUCAAGGGGUGAGAGGAGUCACCAGAGACAGAGCCGGGAGCAGAACAGGCACACUGACUGAAAUACACUGCUGAGGGGAGCAGCAGGGAGACAGCAGAGGUCUGCUGCGCCGUGUGGGUAGCUCCUUGGCCUGGGAUCCGAACUCAGGCAGCAGCGGCUGCCCAUAGCUUCACAGUGCUGAGGCUUACCCCGUUGCCAAGAUCUGCCUUGUCUUUUAAGGGGUGUUCUUUUAUAAUGCUCCUUGAUGGAAUUAUUGUGGAAAUGAUUGCCUUGGGAUCAGAUUGGGUAGGUCUUCUAAAAUCGAUGAUCCCUGCCCCCACCUCUGGCUGAUAACCUUUUCUGACCCCACCUCAGAUUCCUGGAACCUUCCAGAUCCAGGUUUGGUUAAGACUCAUUAAUUGUGCCCACCCCCAACCUCUGGUGUUUGUCCUCCAAAGACCUUCCAUCCUAAAUCUUUCUUCUCUAAGGGUCCAUCAAAUGCAGGCCUGUGGUAGUUUACUUUAUGACUUGGGCACAGUGAGAGAUUAACAACGGUAACAAUAAAAUAGAACAAUUAUAUCAUUAUACUAUAAUGAAAGUUAGGUGGUCUCUCCAAAUAUCUUAUUAUAAAAGAUUUUUGGCCUGUGGUUGACCACAGAAAGCAAAACUGCAGUUGAAGGGGAAAGUGCUGGAGUGGCUUGAACCUAUGGAGUGAUAGAAAUGUGGAGUUGUGCACAGUUCACAGAAUUUUGGGAUUUUAUCGUUUGCUUUUUAUUAUUUUUUUAAAGACUUAUUUUUAUUUAUGCAUACAAGAGCUGGGGUCCAGGCCAGAGGUGUGGGGGGUGAGAGGAUUCACCAGAGACAGAGUGGGGAGCAGAACAGGCAGACUGACUGAAAUCCACUGCUGAGGGGAGCAGCGGGCGAGCCAGGAGAGGUCUGCUGUGCCAUGUGGGUAGCUCCCUGGCCGGCCAGGAUGGAACUCGUGCUGCAGAGGCUGUGGAUUGCUUCAUAGUGUGGUGCUUAACCCCUUGGGCAACCAGGGAGGCCCUCGUUUGCUUUUUAGCGCAUUUAAAUGUUUCGUUAGUUUUGCUCCGGGUAAAUUUAAAGUCUUAGAUUGGAACACUCACUGAUUUGGCUUUUCAUCCCUCUUGACCUGUCCCUUUCCUCACAGUGGGAAAAUCCAGCUGGAGUGGAGAGCAGGGAGUUACUUUUCUUUGGGCUGCUCUCAGGGGCUGGCCCAAUGAGUAGGGCCAGUAGAUGAAGUAGUGCGUUACCCUCCCGGUGAGAAUAAAAGAUAGCUUUCUUGCCUUCUAGCUACAGUGUCUCCGAGUCUUCCAUUAUAAGUUAAUUCCUCUGAGACCUGUAUUGCCCUUGCCUGCUUCUCGCAUUAAAAUAUUAAUGUCUCAUAGGAGAAUUUUUGCAUUAAGUCAUUAACUCCUUAGCUGGGAAGUUAGUUUAUUUUAUCCUUGACUCCAGCUACUGAGCUAGACAAAGAAGUCUGGAUUCGGAAGAGGAGAAGGAGGCACCAAGACGAGGAAAAUGACAGGCAGAAAAGCAGGGUUGUCCGCAGGAGAGGGAUCGCGGAGAGAGAGCUGGAUAAGUACAACUCGUUGAAAUUUUAAAUUUAUUUUCUUACGUCGUUGUUAGGGUAAAUACAACUUUUUAACUGUCUUUUAUUUAUGCAUACAAGAACUAGGGAGCAGGCCAGAGGUGCAGGGGUGAGAGGAUCCGCCCGAGACAGUGGGGAGCACUGUUGGAUCUACUGAAAUCCACUGCUGAGGGGAGCCGUGGGCGAGACAGGAGAGGUCUGCUGUGCCAUUGACCCAGCAGGAGCCUGGCCCGGGAGCUGGGAUGGCCAACCGCAAAGCCUUGCUGACAUGCCUGGGACUGCCUCUCUUCCUGCUCCCAGGGGCCCGGGCCCAGGCCCAGAACCUUGCCCCCCCUGGCUGCAGCCCGGACCUCAACCCCCUCUACUACAACCUGUGUGACCGCUCCAAGGCCUGGGGCAUCAUCUUGGAGGCUGUGGCCGGGGCAGGGGUCGUCACCACCUUCGUUCUCACCAUCAUCCUCGUGGCCAGCCUCCCCUUCGUGCAGGACACCAAGAAGCGCAGCCUCCUGGGCACCCAGGUGUUCUUCCUGCUGGGCACCCUGGGUCUCUUCUGCCUGGUCUUUGCCUGCGUGGUGAAGCCUGACUUCGCCACCUGUGCCUCCCGGCGAUUCCUCUUCGGGGUCCUCUUUGCCAUCUGCUUCUCCUGCCUGGUGGCCCACGUCUUUGCCCUCAACUUCCUGACCCGGAAGAACCACGGGCCCCGGGGCUGGGUGAUCUUCGCCGUGGCCCUGCUGCUGACCCUGGUGGAGGUGAUCAUCAACACGGAGUGGCUGAUCAUCACUCUGGUGCGGGGCAGUGGCGAGGGCAGCGCUCUGGGUAAUGCCAGCGCGGGUGGGGCCCUGGGCUCCCCCUGCGCCAUCGCCAACAUGGACUUCGUCAUGGCCCUCAUCUACGUCAUGCUGCUGCUCCUGGGCGCCUUCUUGGGGGCCUGGCCUGCCCUGUGCGGCCGCUUCAAACGCUGGCGGAAGCACGGGGUCUUCGUGCUGCUCACCACGGCCACCUCCAUGGCCAUCUGGGUGGUGUGGAUCGUCAUGUACACCUACGGCAACGAGCAGCACAACAGCCCCACCUGGGACGACCCCACGCUGGCCAUUGCUCUGGCCGCCAAUGCCUGGGCCUUCGUCCUCUUCUACGUCAUCCCUGAGGUCUCCCAGGUGACCAAGGCCAGCCCGGAGCAAAGCUACCAGGGGGACAUGUACCCCACCCGGGGCGUGGGCUACGAGACCAUCCUGAAGGAGCAGAAGGGCCAGAGCAUGUUCGUGGAGAACAAGGCGUUUUCCAUGGACGAGCCGACUGCAGCUAAGAGACCAGUGUCCCCGUACAGUGGGUACAACGGGCAGCUGCUGACCAGCGUGUACCAGCCCACCGAGAUGGCCCUGAUGCACAAAGGCCCGGCCGAAGGAGCUUACGACGUCAUCCUCCCACGGGCCACCGCCAACAGCCAGGUGAUGGGCAGCGCCAGCUCCACGCUGCGGGCCGAGGACGUGUAUGCGGCCCAGGGCCAGCAGGCGGCCACCGUGCCCAAAGACGGCCCGGACUCUCAGGCUCAGUCCCCGCAAAAUAACACAAGAUGGUAGACAGACGCCCUCCUCCCCGGACCGCACGUCGUCCUGAUGUCCUCAUCCCUCUGUCCAGGCUGGGCAGGGCCCAGCACCUUUCCCGUGCUGGUCACUGGAGCUGGGAGGGACCAGAGGCCACCGACCUGGAGCAGUGGACUGAAUGGGGGGCUCUGCGGAACCCAGGCCUGUGGCUGGGGCUCUUAGGGGUCCCCGUUGCUGCCCAGCCCUCCCCUCACUGUACCCCCAAGUCACAGCCCUGUGUCCCCCGGCUGUGGCUCCCCAGAUGGCUGUCAGCUGCCUUCAUGCCACGGGCACUCCUGCCCAUCUUGUUAGCGUCCGGUGUCAGCGUGACCCGCUCUGCGCCUCGGUGACUGGCCUUCAUCUUUGGAGCCGGGCUACGGCAGCAGCUGGCCCUGCCCUGCCCCCUGGGCCUCCGGCCCCCACCCGGGGCGUGGAGGGCCUCCCCACUGGAGACAGACAGACGCACCUCUGCGGGCCUGGAGCCGAGCCCCUCGGUGCUUCAGCACACCCUUGGCCCCAGACCCCAUGCCUGCGCCCCCCCAACAAACUGGGUCCACCGAGGACCACGUGGGGUGGGGGCUGCAGUCUCAGGGACCAGCUGAGAUUCCUGGCUCAGAUGGAUUGAGGGGACUUGGGGGGCCCCUUAGAUGAGUGGGAUCAGGACUGAAGCUUGUUUUAUUCCCUCAUGGGCAGAUGGGCAGGUUUCUACCUCACCGGCACGAUCUCAGUGUGCUGGCACUGCCGCCCUCCCCCACGACUGCUCCAGAGGGUGCUGAUGGCCUCCCCAAGGAAGCCAGAGGGCUUCCUAGGGGAACUGCCUGAUGCUGGCACCAAGGACAGAGAUGUGUACUACUCCAGACUCUGGUCCCCCUGGCUUUGACCUGCCUUGGGGUACCGUACAGCAGGCUUGUCCCAGGGUUCCCCCCUCCCCCAGGUGUGCCCCUGGAGCUCAGCUCAGCCUAGCAUCACCUCUGGGUGCUGAGAUGAGGCUGGGGAGAACAGUAGGGCUGGGCUGGGCCGACCCUGGCCCUGCAGCCCUGCCUACCCUCUGCAGUGCGCCCUCCUCCAGCAGCCUGUGCCUUUGUCACUGAGUAUUUAUCCAGAGCCCCUGUAGCGAGUAGGACUGCACCCCCAAGGGUGAGGCCCCCCAUUCACCAAUCUGUCGUACUGGUGGUUGCUCAGUUCCACGCAUGGAGUAUUAUGUCCCCGGAUGGACGUCUGCCCGUGGUAUAGACUUCCCUUGACCUAGGCAGGGGGGUUCCCUGACUGAGUAAAAAGUCAGGCCUUUCGAGGUGAAGACUUGUGAGUCCUGGCAGCUCCAGGGAGCAUGGGGAGCAGCCUGAGUCCUCUGGGGUCUGUGGGUGAGGCUUGGGGAGGGUGGGCUCCUGACAGAUGCAGGCAUCCGGGGCCUCGGGAGUCCCCCCGGGCCCUGCUUGCUCAGGUCUCAGGCCCGGGGGGAAGGUAGACGUGCCUUUAGGAGGAAAGAGGUGCCUUGUCCCUGGCCCCGCUGCAUCCCAGACAGCCUCGGAUGGAAGAGAACUUGAGUAACCAGAACCUGCUGCAGGAAACCUGCGGCCAACAGCUCGGUAAAUUUCACACCCACUCCGUCCAAUCAUGUAGCUGGAAGCAGGGUAGUUUGGGAUGCAAUUGCUCAGAAUUAAACGACCUCCUCUGUUUGUGAGGAAUUACAACCACUGAACCCCUGUGUGCUCAUUACGAUUUUUUUUUGCAAUUUAGCAACAUAUAUUUUCAUCCUACAUUCCUUGCGGUCUAAACCAACAAAGGCUGAUUGAUUCUAAACUUUUCUUGGCUGGGGAUUGAGUCUCAGCCAAGCCCAAGCCUAGUGCUCCCCAGGCUCCAAGAUCUGGGGGUACAGGAGGGAGGGGCAGGAGACAGGU